GCCUGUAGGUGGGUGUGUUUAACAGAAGGAAGCAAUGGGAACCCGCCUGUCAGCCAGCCUUUAGAGCUAAUUAGCUCAGCAUACAACAAAGAUAAGUGAGCCUGGGAGGAGGGCCCCCUGAGGGGUCUUUAGAUUCUGGGAAAUGUCUGAUUGGCAGAUGUUAAAAGGGAUUCUUUGGUAAUCCUGUGCAUCAAUGAGCUGCACAAAUUCAGUCCAGGACUGCAAGAAUUCAGGCAUGAGGACACUGUGCAGUAGGCUCACACAGGCAAACCCAAGAUGGACAGAACCUUGGAAUCCCUGAGACACAUCAUUGCCCAAGUCUUGCCUCACAGAGACCCGGCUCUCGUCUUCAAAGACUUGAAUGUUGUGUCAAUGCUACAGGAAUUUUGGGAAAGCAAGCAGCAGCAGAGAGCUGCAUUCCCAAGUGAAGGCGUGGUGGUCUAUGAGUCGCUGCCAUCUCCAGGACCUCCCUUUGUGAGUUAUGUGACCCUCCCAGGGGGAAGCUGUUUUGGCAACUUUCAGUGCUGCUUAAGUAGAGCUGAAGCCAGACGGGAUGCAGCUAAAGUGGCCCUAAUCAACUCCCUCUUCAAUGAGCUGCCCUCUCGAAGGAUCACUAAGGAAUUCAUUAUGGAGAGUGUGCAGGAAGCAGUUGCCUCCACCAGUGGCACUUUGGAUGAUGCAGAUGACCCCAGCACCAGCAUUGGAGCCUACCACUACAUGUUGGAGUCAAACAUGGGGAAGACCAUGCUGGAAUUUCAGGAGCUGAUGACCAUUUUCCAACUAUUGCACUGGAAUGGAAGCCUAAAAGCCCUACGUGAAACAAAGUGUUCCCGACAGGAAGUCAUCUCCUACUAUUCCCAGUAUUCUCUAGAUGAAAAGAUGCGCAGUCACAUGGCCCUGGACUGGAUCAUGAAGGAGAAGGAGUCACCAGGAAUCCUCUCUCAAGAGCUACGGAUGGCCCUGAGGGAGUUGGAGGAAGCCAGGAAAGCGGGACAAGAACUGCGGUUUUACAAAGAAAAGAAAGAAAUCCUGAGUUUAGCCCUGACUCAGAUCUACAGUGAUCCUGACACCUCCUCACCCAGUGAUGAUCAGCUGAGCCUAACAGCUCUCUGUGGCUACCACUAGCAAGGCCAGGUCCCGGCUGCUCCGAGGUUGGCAGAGGCUGGACUCUAUAGGAAGCUCAGUGAAGGAGGUCAUCAGAGGCUUUAGCACCUACAGCUACUACCUGAAGGCUGUACUAAUUUUUCCCAUCCAUUCCAUUCACAGAAUCUGAGAGUAGUAGGACCUUUACAGGACCCAGCAUUCCACUCGAUGCAAUUUUCCCAUCAUGUUUUCAAGAGUUCCACCUCUUACUGAAAGGAUGGAGACAAGAUUGUUGGAAAAAUAUUUUCCAGGUUUGGCUUCAACUUAAAGCCCUGUUGACAUGUGCCUUGCUAGAUUAUAUGUGUUGUUUUAAACAAUGGGCCAGUGUAGCAUCCCCCAAAAGAACAUCAGCCAAGACUGGUGAAAGCAGCAUGAUAGCAAUUUUUAAAAAUACUUGGGGUUAAAUAAAUGAUAUAAAAAAUACCAUGGGUCAGAGUUUCUUCCUAAGCUUUAUAAGCUAAGAGGUACUUAUACUCUACUGGGUAUAAUCCAAAAUUACAGUGGGGAUUUUAUCUGGACAUCCUACUAUCAAAGAUCAUAAAGUGAUAAUAGUAUGAAAAUAACUUGAUAAAUUUAAUUUGCCUUAAAAUGCCAGUAAUAAUCAUUUUUUUAAAUCUACACUCUUCCAUCUGGGGAUGUCACCUAGAGUAGUACCUUUACUUGUAUUCCUCAAGAAGAAUUAAUAUCUAAUUUUUAUGAGUCCUGGAGUCAGUCAUGUUCAUUUAUAAUUUUCAAAUAGAUUACUUGAAUUGAUUUGUUUUUAUUUUUGCCACCAGAGUCAUAUAUCUAUAAUGGAGAAAAUUACUGGCAUUCUAAAGGUUAAAGCAUUUUGAAAAAUCAUUAGCUUUUAACAGUGCUUGUGUUUGAUUAGUUUCUCAUGCAUUAGAGAGGAGUCUUUAGCUGUCUUUUUGUUGUUGUUCAAGAAUAUGAGCCAUGAGUAGCUCAAACGUAGUGUCAUUUUUAGGUUUUAAUUAGGCAUCUCUCUUUGAAAAUGGCUUGAUUAGAAAACCAAAAGCAAAUACAGACCAAUUUUUGGAUAGUUUCUGGUUGCUCAAGUUUAAGAAUGGCAGUGGUAUCAAUUUUAAACAUUUGUAGGAAUUCCCAUAUUUAUAACAUGAAAAGGAUUAUCUUGCAUUUAGUCCAAAAUUUCAAAAUAAAGAACACAGUUUUUUCAAUGUUAAACAAGGUUUCUUUUUCUUCAUGUUUAGGCAAAUGCAAACUAAGUUUCCUGAAGGCUAAAACCACUACUUUUACAUUAAAAUUUACAGAAGUGUGAUAGUUUAACUUCAUAUCUAAAUAUGUACGGACGUAAUUGUCACUCCUUAAGUCUCUGUGAAAACUAUGUAUAUUGAUCAUGUAUUUUGGAAGUAGCCUUGAUAAUAAAAAAUUAAUUUCAUAUGUCAUAUUUCUCAUACCAGGGGAGAAUUUAGCUUCAUAUCUGCCCUACUCUAAUGUGGAAAGGUAAUACUAUAUAAUAUUAGAUAAAUUUAAUUUUAAAAUAUUAUUUUAACAAAUGUCAUAUUCCUCCCCAUAGUGAGGCUAAAUGUCACCUAGAAUAAAACUGUAUUCCCUUAUAAUCCCAAAAAGGAAUUAGAAUUAAUAUUUGUAAGUUGAAUAAAUUUUAAAAUUAAGGAAAAUUCUAUUUAAAGUAAUUUUUUCAUAAAGUCAUUAGUCUUUAUCAUUUCAAAGAGCCAUAAUUUCCCAUGUUGGGUGUAUUUAAAGGUAGGUAUAUCUUUGCUAGCAUUUGCAGACUUUGACAAUGUGCACCUCAAGUUGACAUCAUCUAAUUAGAUGCAGGAACUGGAAUCAGCUGGGAAAAUAGUAAACUUAUUUUCCACCUUACAAUCAGAAAAUUGCACCAUUCUGUAAACUAAAAGCAGAGAUUCUCCCUUGGCCAAAGGCAGUUUUUCCCCAGCCGGUCAAAACUGCCCACUCUUCCUGGAAUGGCAUGGAACCUACAGCAAAAGCAACAAAAAUCAGAAUCUUUGCCGUUGCUGAGCCCUUUGAUGCUCAUUUAUAGCAAAUCAAUGUCAGCUAAGACAUAAGGUACAUCAGUCAAUACUUGUCAGUACAUCACUUAAACAUUUAUAAUUCUGGACCCAAUAAAAGCCAGGUUGAAAAGCAAAGUAGAUUAUUACUAUUUUUCCUUUUCUGUAUCUUGUUCUCAGUGACAUACUGUGUUAAAGAGGAUUGCAGUGGAGGAUUCUCUAUUUAAAUAUAUGGAGCUCUGGGUCCUAAACUUUUGUGGUUAUAACCCUUUGAGAAUCGGAUGAAAGUCAUGGACCUCUUCGUAGGAAAACAGAGUGUGGUAGAUACAUUCAAAUUUGCACAGUUUCAGAGAGUUUGUGGACUUUUCCAAAGUCCAUGGAUUGCUCUGUCCAAGAACCUCCAGUUUAGAACUCUUAAUUUUGAGCACAGACUUACUGUCUCUUAAACUUUUCAGCAGGGAUCCAAGCUAGUUCAGACAUAGCCCCAUGUAGCCUAUUUCUAAGAUAAAUGUCAUUUUCCUUACAUACAGAAUUGUACUGUAUCUUGACAAGAGAUAGUUUAAUUUUCACAAAAUCCAAAUAUACCAAAUUGUUAUGAAAAAGCAGCUGAAAGCAAGUCACUAAAUGUGUGUGAACCUAUCAGAAUAUUACCGAUUUAAUGAAGUCAUUGUUCCUCUAA